AUGAACUAUAAAGCUGCGAAUUGGUUUAAGGCAAAGAUAAGACGGGAUACGGAGUCAACCAUCAAAGAAGUCCGAAGGGAUCCAUUUGAAGAAGACUGGAAACAAAUGCCGCCAAGAAUCAGUGGGAUAUACCGUCUUGCACGCUUCGGAAAGGCAUUCUUGGAUGAAAGACACCUCAUUCAAGUCAUCUAUUCCAAUGCAUCUUAUUUCAGACUCUCAGUGAAAACUCGUGAUCUGAUGUUGCUGGAAGAGAUCGGAACGUUUGUUGUACCAACAACGACCGCUACAAUCCCAUCAUUGUUUGCGACGGAUCCUACCCUUCUGGUUGCUAAGGCUGUGCUAUCAGCAGUCAUUUAUAAGGGUUAUUACUAUAGUUAG